AUUCAUUCCUGUGUGUCUAGUUUCACCACCACAUUAGACAUGAGACGACAAGAUGUCUUUUAUGGUUCUAAAGUUGGGAAUACAACAAACCCCAAGUUUUUAGAAAUAGAUUCAUGGAAAAAUUAUCUGGACAAGAUAUCAGUGAGAGUGGUAGAUUUACAACACUCCUCCUCACCACUCAUCUACCAGACAGAGUUCUCUGACUACAAUCUUAAAAUAGGAGACAACAUACUGUCACAACACUGGCGACAAAAGAAACUAACAGCAAGUUAUUUCUCGGAUAAAAAUUCUUUUUCUAUCCAGUUAACGUACAAGGCGUACUGUUCUGAAGGUUACUAUGGAUCAGACUGUACAGCUCAUUGUCCUGGUAAUCCACAGAAGUGUGUCGUCAACGGUCACACCUACUGUAAAAUGGGUAAGAUAUCCAUACCUACUGUAAACUGGGUAAGUUAUCCAUACCUGCUGUAA